AUGGAACAACAACCCUUUAAAUGCAUCGCCAGGGCGAAACGUAGCCCCUUGGAAGUGGCAUCGGCCACAAAGCCAACUCAGCUCAAUUCCGGUGAAAUUCUGAUUCGCAUCCAAUCUAUCGCAAUCAAUCCAGCCGACUUUAAAAUGAUUGAUCAAGGUCACAGAGUCUCUGUCUGGCCUUUUGUGCCCGGUCUGGAUGGAGCUGGCGUUGUGGAGGGCCUCGGAAGCGAUAUCGAAAAUAUCACGGUCGGGGAAAGAGUGCUGGCCCUAUUCACUCCGGGAAAAAGGUCCGCUUCAUAUCAAACAUAUGCCGUGGUGAAGGAGAAAGAUGUCGCCAAGAUCCCUACUUGGUGGUCAUUUGAACAGGCCUCAACACUAGGGGUCUCAUAUUUGACAGCCAUCAUGGCUCUUGGGAUUGGUCUGAAGACCCCGUUGCCGUUUCUCAAAGGCGGCCCAAGGACAGGAUUCAACCCUUCGUCUGUUCUCAUCCUUGGCGGCAGCUCUGCCCUAGGGGCCGCCACAAUCCAACUGCUUCGGCUUGCAGCCCCUACUUGCUUGAUUCUCGCUACAAGCUCCCCUAGACAUCACGAGUAUAUCAGAAACAUGCUGGGGGCUGACGGUGCCAUUGAUAGAGGCUCUUCAUCAUUGGUCGAAGAUGUAAAGUCAAGAACCCCAGGUUCUCGAGGUGUCGAUGCGAUAAUUGAUGCGGUUGGUGCUGGUGGUAUCCAAAGAAAUGUGUUCGAUACAUUUGACCCAAGUGGGUCCAGGAGAUAUGCGCAGGUAUGGACCGGUGACGAAGAGAUUGAUGCUCCUAGCGGCGUGGAAUCGACUAUGUUCAGAGGACGAGACCUUCCGAAUUUGCCGGGCAAUGAGAGUAUCAUGGAAUCAUUGGAAAGAUUACUGGAGGAAAAUAGAUACAGGUUACCUCUUCCUGUGCAUGCAGUGGGCCAUGGGUUUGAUGUACUAGAGAGGGGCCUGGACUUGAUGCGGCAAGGUGUUAGCGGAGAAAAACUAGUAGUCACUCUUUAG